GGGCUGCUCCGGGGCCGGCGGCCCGCGGUCCCGGCGCCAUGCGGGCAUCGCUGCUGCUUUCGGUGCUGCGGCCCGCAGGGCCCGUGGCCGUGGGCAUCUCCCUGGGCUUCACUCUGAGCCUGCUCAGCGUCACCUGGGUGGAGGAGCCGUGCGGCCCAGGGCCGCCCCAACCCGGAGAUUCUGAGCUGCCGCCGCGCGGCAACACCAAUGCAGCGCGCCGGCCCAACUCGGUGCAGCCCGGAGCCGAGCGCGAGAGGCCCGGGACCGGCGCAGGCGCCGGGGAGAACUGGGAGCCGCGUGUCUUGCCCUACCAUCCUGCACAGCCUGGCCAGGCCGCCAAAAAGGCCGUCAGGACCCGAUACAUCAGCACAGAGCUGGGCAUCCGGCAGAGGCUGCUUGUGGCGGUGCUGACCUCACAAGCCACGUUGCCCACACUGGGUGUGGCCGUGAACCGCACGCUGGGGCACCGGCUAGAGCGCGUGGUGUUCCUGACCGGCUCUCGGGGCCGCCGGGCACCACCGGGCAUGGCCGUGGUGACACUGGGUGAGGAGCGGCCCAUCGGGCACCUGCACCUGGCACUGCGCCACCUACUGGAGCAACACGGUGACGACUUUGACUGGUUCUUCAUAGUGCCUGAUGCCACCUACACCGAGGCCCAUGGACUGGCUCGCCUAGCUGGCCGUCUUAGCCUGGCAGCCGCCGCCCACCUCUAUCUGGGCCGGCCGCAGGACUUCAUCGGGGGAGAGCCCGCCCCAGGCCGCUACUGCCACGGCGGCUUUGGGGUGCUGCUGUCUCGCACACUGCUGCAGCAGCUGCGCCCCCACCUGGAAAGCUGCCGCAACGACAUCGUCAGCUCGCGCCCGGACGAGUGGCUGGGGCGCUGCAUCCUCGAUGCCACCGGGGUGGGCUGCACCGGCGACCACGAGGGAGUCCACUAUAGCUACCUGGAGCUACGCCCUGGGGAGCAUGUGCAGGAAGGAGACCCCCAUUUCCGCAGUGCCCUGACAGCCCACCCUGUGCAUGACCCCGUGCAUAUGUACCAGCUGCACAAAGCUUUUGCCCGAGCUGAGCUGGAACGCACAUACCAGGAGAUCCAGGAGCUGCAGUGGGAGAUCCAGAACACCAGCCAUCUGGCAGCUGACGGGGAGCGGGCAGCCGCCUGGCCCGUGGGCAUUCCAGCACCAUCCCGCCCGGCCUCCCGCUUUGAGGUGCUGCGCUGGGACUAUUUCACAGAGCAGCAUGCUUUCUCCUGUGCUGACGGUUCGCCCCGAUGCCCACUGCGAGGGGCCGACCGGGCCGAUGUGGCUGACGUUCUAGGGGCAGCCCUGGAAGAGCUCAAUCGUCGCUACCACCCAGCCCUGCGGCUCCAGAAACAGCAGCUGGUUAACGGCUACCGACGCUUUGAUCCUGCCCGGGGCAUGGAGUACACACUGGACUUGCAGCUGGAGGUGCUGACCCCCCAGGGCAGCCGCCGGCCCCUGACCCACCGGGUGCAGCUGCUACGGCCGCUGAGCCGUGUGGAGAUCUUGCCUGUGCCCUAUGUCACGGAGGCCUCACGUCUCACCGUGUUACUGCCUCUGGCUGCGGCCGAGCGUGACCUGGCCCCUGGCUUCCUGGAGGCCUUCGCCGCUGCAGCCCUGGAGCCCGGCGACGCGGCAGCGGCCUUGACCCUGCUGCUCCUGUAUGAGCCCCGGCAGGCCCAGCGGGCGGCCCACGCGGACAUCUUUGCACCUGUCAAGGCCCGCGUGGCCGAACUGGAGCGGCGUUUCCCCGGUGCCCGGGUGCCCUGGCUCAGUGUGCAGACGGCCGCGCCCUCACCGCUGCGCCUCCUGGAUCUGCUCUCCAAGAAGCACCCGCUGGACACGCUGUUCCUGCUGGCCGGGCCAGACACGGUGCUCACGCCUGACUUCCUGAACCGCUGCCGCAUGCACGCCAUCUCCGGCUGGCAGGCCUUCUUCCCCAUGCACUUCCAGGCCUUCCACCCGGCCGUGGCCCCCCCCCAGGGCCCCGGGCCCCCGGAGCUGGGCCGAGACACGGGCCGCUUUGAUCGCCAGGCGGCCAGCGAGGCCUGCUUCUACAACUCCGACUACGUGGCGGCUCGCGGGCGGCUUGCAGCGGCCCCCGAGCAGGAGGAGGAGCUGCUGGAGAGCCUGGACGUGUACGGGCUCUUCCUGCGCUUCUCCGGCCUCCACGUGCUGCGGGCCGUGGAGCCCGCACUGCUGCAGCGCUACCGGGCCCAGGCGUGCAGCGCGCGGCUCGGCGAGGACCUGUACCACCGCUGCCGCGAGAGCGAGCUGGAGGGCCUGGGCUCCCGCACCCAGCUAGCCAUGCUGCUCUUCGAGCAGGAGCAGGGCAACAGCACCUGAGCCCGCCCCGCAGCCCGGAGCCCCGGCAUGGCAGCGCCCCCCACCAACUCCUCCCCAGCAACCCAGAGCCACCUACCAGCCUCGCCGGACAGGGCUGGCUGCAGCCUCGGACCCCAGGGCCGCCCGCGGGCGCCCUCUCUCUAGCUUUGUGGGUCCUCGGGCUCAGGACAGGCCCCGGCGGGGCGGGGGGUGGGGGGAACCUCCGGAACCGCCCCUUCCUGCCCCAAACCUGGUCUCCCUGCCCCUGCCCCCCUUGACGCUGCUGAUCAGGCUGUGGCCUCUUGAGUAUUUAUGCAGUGCAGUCUGCCUGACGCCAGCCCCAUCUCCUAGGGCCUCCUGGGGGCUGGGCUGUAGAUGAGUGGUUGGGGAAGAGGGGAGCUGAGAGAAGAAGGUAGGGUAUCUCCCAACUUCUCCCUUCUGGACCUGGAUGAAGCUCCCUGCCUUUAAUAAACUGACUGAGUGUG